UCUCUCUCUCUCUCUCUCUCUCUCUCUCUCUCUCUCUCUCUCUCUCUCUCUCUCUCUCGCCUGUCUUCAUGUCGUGGAUUGAUGAACGCGAAUCGCGUGUAAGCGCCGCCACCGCCGGGAGUCUGAGGAAUUCGCCUGGGCUGUUAAAGGAAAGAGCUAAGUGAGGGAGCGCGAGCUCUACCUACCGACAGUGAAGAGCGCCGCCGCCACCACCGCCACCGCCACCACCACCGCCGCCGCCCGCGCCCCAGACCCCGGGAGCUCGCCAUCCAGGCGCCCCCCUACCUGCCCAGCCCCCCUCAACCCAGCCCAAUCCGGUGGGGGGAGGGAAGGACAGAACCAGCCCGGUUUUGGGGGGUUCGAUCCCAGGGGGGGAGGGGAGUUCCAAGGGGGUACCGGGAUCCAGAGGGGAGGGGGCCCGCAGGGGUUUUCAUGUACCCAGCAUGAGCUCCUACUUCGUCAACCCCCUGUUUUCCAAAUACAAAGGCGGCGAGUCCCUGGAACCGGCCUAUUACGACUGCCGGUUCCCCCAGAGCGUGGGCAGGAGCCAUGCGCUGGUGUACGGGCCCGGCGGCUCGGCGCCCGGCUUCCAGCACGCCUCGCACCACGUCCAAGACUUCUUCCAUCACGGCACCUCCGGCAUCUCCAACUCGGGCUACCAGCAGAACCCGUGCUCGCUGAGCUGCCACGGAGACGCCUCCAAAUUCUAUGGCUACGAGGCGCUCCCCAGACAGUCCCUUUAUGGGGCUCAGCAAGAGGCGAGCGUGGUGCAAUAUCCCGAUUGUAAAUCCUCCGCCAACACUAACAGUAGCGAAGGACAAGGCCACUUAAAUCAAAACUCGUCUCCCAGCCUCAUGUUUCCAUGGAUGAGACCCCACGCUCCGGGGCGGCGCAGUGGACGGCAAACUUACAGCCGGUAUCAGACCUUGGAACUAGAAAAGGAGUUUCUCUUUAAUCCUUAUUUGACACGAAAGCGCCGAAUCGAAGUCUCUCAUGCUCUGGGACUGACAGAGAGACAAGUGAAGAUCUGGUUCCAGAACCGAAGGAUGAAGUGGAAAAAGGAGAACAACAAAGAUAAACUGCCUGGGGCCCGAGAUGAGGAGAAGGUAGAGGAAGAAGGAAAUGAGGAAGAGGAGAAAGAAGAAGAGGAAAAGGAAGAAAACAAGGACUAAGCAAGAAGAGAGAGAGAACCCCCCCCCUUAGCAACUCCCUUGAAGUUUCGUUUUAUGGUAGCAGAUAAAUUGAGAAGUUACGACUGUCAUUUGCUUUUAUAGGGAAUAGAAUGACACUCACAACUCUAACUACCUGUCAGAUACUUGCAGCUAUGGUUUUAUUACCUUUGGACUUCUCCCGCUCUUUAAUUUGUUUGGGGGCUGGAGGGAGGGGAGACUGAGACACAGCAAAAAGUUCUGUGUCUCUCCACUCCAUGUCCCAACACACAUGCCUGUUCUACUAGCACCUUCUGAGUCUUCCUGGAUUUUAAGGUCAGAGCCCAGGCCUCCUGACCCCCUCGCCCUGCUCCUUCUCACCAUAUUCUUACCCCCCUGCCUGUCUGGUAUUUAUUUUAUAGAGAGCCCCCCCCCAAGGCAGAAGAGGACUUCUGGCUUUUGUUUAUAUGCUAGAAUUAGUAUGCUAGGUUUUUCUUUGAAAAGGAAAAAAUAAAAUGUGGAAAGGAGGGAAAGGAAAAAGAAUAUUUUAAGAAUUAAAGAAAAGGUAGCAAGAAGAUCCUCUCCCCCAUGGCUCCCUGCUUUGAAAACCCUCUUGACUUUCUCCAGGAAACUGAACAAAUCCUGAAGACGGUGGGUCUCUCUCCCCUCCCCUUCCUAGAGGGUCAAGAGGGGCCUACAGUCAUCUCUAUAAUCUACCUAGCCAUCCAUAGUCAUUCGGGCCCAUGCCUUCCUUGCCUUUGCUGUUGGAUUUCUGUUCUUUUGGGCCCUGCUUUCUUCUGAGCUGCAUUAGUGUUUGCACUCAGAAAUCACCAUAAUCAUGAAAAUAAUAAUAAUAAUAAAACUGAUAAUAAAUCUUUAACAUACUACCUAAAGGGAACCUGCAAUAAUCUUGAAAAAGAAGCAGAAAAAAAAAAACAAAAAAAUCCUACCAUAGGAGAAAAAAAAACAGAAAAAAUAAAAUGAAUUAAAAAAAAGAAACCUCUGAUGUAUUUUAUCACUACCUAUAGAAAAAACCCUGCUUUGAGAGUAUUCGUAAUGCGGUUUUGUUGUCGUUUGUUGCUGCUUAUUUCACUAAGAAAAAAACCCAACAACUGAGACUGCCUAGCUCGCCGGUCCUGUGCGCUUUAUUGUGCUUCUAACCCCAGUAGAGUAGAACUAAAUUGCACUGAAUGUAUAGUUAACUCUGUCUUGAAUUCUCUGUUUAU